UUUUACUGUGGCAGUUUAAUAUUGUUUUAAAUAUCUAGCUUUUAAAAAUGAAGACUGUGGAAGAGGCAUGUUGUGUUGUCACAGUAUCCGAGACGCCCCUCGACCUCACAUCUGGAUCUCAGAAUGAAGCAAUGAGCUGUAGUGGAGUAUUUCUAAAUUACCAGUCUGGAAUUGUAGUCUGUAGUGGCAUGAUGUUUUCACGCUUUAUAACUGAUAGACAAUCCACGAAGAAAGACACGAAGAUAUUGCAUAGUGAAAGUUUCACUAAAGAGACAAAAGUGUAUGUAGAUUACAUUCACUUUUGCGCCAACCAAUCGUGUGCAAUCGAGAGACGCAACACGAGCCGUCAAGAAGCCCAAUUGUUAAUGAUGAUCAAUUGCGUGGAGUUUCAAGAUGCAUUUAACAAAAUCUUCAAGGGGGCUGAAAAUUGGGGCUUUUAUAGCGGUAGUUUAGAUAAAGAAGUCCUUGAAGACUCCAGAUUUUUAACAUGGUUUGCACUCCUAAAAGUGCCCAGUUCGUCCACAUGCACCUGUAAAGAAAUUAUUCCAUGGGUGAAGAGUGGCACUCUUAAAAAGGGAUGUCAUGUAAUCGCAUGUGGGUCUCCAUUUGGUGGUCUCUGUCCAGACCUCUUUAUGAACUCAAUUAGUAAAGGUAUAGUUAGUAAUCUGGCAGGAGAGGAGAAUGCACUGAUCCUGACCGAUGCCCGCUGCUUGCCUGGCACCGAAGGAGGCGGUGUGUUUAUUAGCAAAGGAGGCAUAUCUUACCUCAUGGGUUUGAUCGUUUCACCACUGUGCUGGAAAUCCGAUGAAUGGAUUGGACUGACACUUGUGUGCUCUGUUCACCUCAUUCUGAAAAACAUCAUACAGGCUGGUGCCAUGCAGGAGUCGCUGAUAGAAAAGUCAUCACAGUUAACAACCGGCUCUAUUCAAGCUAUUCAAGCUGCAACACGGCGGUCAGGUUCUGAAUUUUACCCUGGAGUGGCACUGAUUGAGACCGGCCUGCUGUGGGGUUCUGGUGUUCUGCUGAACCAGAAUCUGGUUCUGACCUGCAGACAUGUGGUGAAUGAAAAGUCUGUUCUUACAGUCAGAGUCAACUUUGGAGGAAGAUUUCAUGCAGUAAGUGGUAAGGUGUUGUAUUCAUCAGCAACAUCAUCUCCCUAUGAUAUCGCUCUAGUGGAGCUUCAGGAAUCCCUCACUGACUCAGUAAAACCGCAGUUUACCACAUACUUUCACCCAGGUGAGGACGUAGUUGUCGUGGGUUAUGGAGCUUUAGGGAGCCGCUGUGGCCCCUCGUUGACCUCAGGGAUCUUAUCCAGAGUCAUCACCCAUCAGUCACAGCCUGUGAUGCUGCAGACGACAUGCGCAGUGCAGUCUGGAGCCAGUGGUGGCGCUGUGGUUCGGUCUGCCACUGGGGAAUUGUUAGGUAUCGUGUCCAGCAACACAAGAGACUUCACAGCGAAAGUGACGUAUCCCCACCUGAACUUCAGCAUCCCAGUGAGCGUUCUGGAACCUCUGCUGAGACGUUUUGAUCAAACUGGAGAUGCUGCUGUUUUUAAGGUCUUGGACAGUGCGGAGGAUGAUGUCAGAAAGAUAUGGAGACUACAGAGCAUUCAAAGCAAGCUUUGAUCAGUCAGAAUUUUGCAAAUGUACAAGAUUCUUGAGAAUCACUAGUAAAAUUAACCUUUGUGUGUUGUAAAGUUGCUGAAAAUU